UGUCUUCCGACACAAAUCCCACCUUACAAACUCGCAUCUCGAGAGUUUUACACGCUCUGCCUGCAUCAACAACUUCAAAUAUUUCCUAAAAUUGUUUUCCAAUUUGAAAACCUUUACAAUUUCAUAAAGCGUUGUAAAAUUGUGUGUGAUCGCGAAAUCAAGUCUUCCCGAUAUUAAUAUACAAUCGCAGUGCUAAACCGUAACAACAAUGAGUGGACGACGUAGCAGCCAACGACGAAACGGUGGUGCUGAACCAUCCCCACCACAUGCGGCCCAAUCUCCCAGCAGUUUGGCCGGUUAUGCCGACACGACAGACGACGAAGAUGAACCUAUGGCGGUGGAUGCUGGGACACCAGGACGUCGACGACCUGAUCCGGUCACACCACAGAGACGGUCUCGACCUGCGAAUGUUGUAACUUCACCAGACAGUUUGGCUGGAUAUGCGGAUUCCACUGACGACGAAGGGCAAAGGUCACAGGGAAGUGAUGUCAGCAUUCAACGUCGUCGAGAUGGCGGUCGUCGUCGCUUGGCUCGGACUCCGUCGCCAGAUGCACGCUUUGUAGAAGACGAAAGGAGUCCGGACGGGAUUCGGAGGGAUGUCGUACAAAGUGAGGAAGAGUCUGAAGGGGAAGAUUUGUUUGGCGACCAAAUGGAACGUGAUUAUCGCCCAAUGCCGGAACAAGAUCGCUACGAUCCCGAACUUUUGGAUGACGAUGAAGACAUAUCUGAGCUCUCGUAUGGAGAAAGACGAGAGGUUGAAGCGGAACUGUUACGACGAGAUAGGGCUGAAGGGAGGACCACGAUGAGGAGAGGUCUUCUUUAUGAUGAUGACGAUGACGGUCAACUUCAUCGUCGACAAAAGAGACGCUUUCGCAAGGAUGGGAUGGAUGAAGAUAUGGAAGAAGAUAAGGAUGAUAACCAGCUGGAAUCUAUUGAGAAUUUAGAAGAUUGUCGUGGUAUGCAUACCUCCGAUUGGAUUCAAAUGCCUGGGACACGCAACGAAAUUUUGAACCGAUUUAAAAACUUUUUGCGAACUUUUCUCGAUGAAAAAGGCAACCUUGUUUUUCGCGAGAGGAUUCGUCGUAUGGUGGAAUGUGGAAAAGCCAGUAUCGAAGUUUGUUACUCUGAGCUUGCCCAAGGGGAACAAACGUUGGCAUUUUUUCUCCCCGAAACGCCACAAGAACUCUUAAAAAUCUUGGACCAAGGAUUAAAAGAUGUUGUCGGAGUGCUCUACAAAAAUUAUAAAGAAGUUAAACAAGACUUUCACAUCCGAAUCAGUAAUCUGCCACUCCUCGAAAAUAUCAGGACAUUACGACAACUUCACCUGAACCAAAUGAUUCGUGUCGCUGGCGUUGUCACCUCAUCCACGGGAGUACUCCCACAACUUUCCGUCGCCACAUUUAACUGCGCUAACUGUGGCUUUGUACUUGGUCCUUUCGUUCAAACGCAGGAUGCUGAAGUUAAACCGACAACUUGUGUCGAGUGUCAGAGAAACGGCCCAUUUUCAUUAAACGUGGAGAAAACCGUGUAUCAAAAUUACCAACGGAUAGUGAUUCAAGAGUCACCAGGAAAAGUGCCGGCUGGGCGUUUGCCUCGUUCUAAGGACGUUAUUUGUCAGGGAGAUUUGACAGACUUAUGUAAACCUGGGGACGAGAUUGAAGUUACGGGAACUUACACCAACAAUUAUGACGGCUCUCUCAACGUGAAACAUGGUUUUCCCGUCUUUUCAACCGUCAUCUUGGCCAACCAUAUCGUCAAAAAGGAUGAUCGUUCUGCAGUCGACCACUUGAGUGAUGAGGACAUUCGUGCCAUUCAGGCCCUUAGUAAGGAUGACCACAUUGCGGAUCGAAUCGUGGCCAGCAUUGCUCCUUCAAUCUAUGGUCAUUACGAUAUCAAACGGGCACUGGCACUCGCCUUGUUUGGAGGAGAGGAGAAAAAUCCUGGCGACAAGCAUCGCCUCCGUGGUGACAUCAACGUGCUCCUCUGUGGAGACCCGGGCACAGCAAAGUCACAAUUUUUGAAGUUUGUUGAGAAGGUGUCGCCUCGUGCUAUCUUUACGACUGGACAGGGCGCUUCCGCUGUCGGAUUGACGGCUUAUGUGCAACGCUCUCAUCUCACCAAGGAGUGGACUUUGGAGGCUGGUGCAUUGGUUUUGGCUGAUAGAGGGGUCUGUUUAAUUGACGAGUUUGAUAAGAUGAACGAUUCUGAUCGGACCAGUAUUCACGAGGCUAUGGAACAACAAAGCAUCUCUGUCUCAAAGGCUGGAAUUGUCACCUCGCUUAAGGCUCGUUGUUCCAUCAUCGCUGCUGCAAAUCCUCUCGGAGGACAGUAUGAUUCCUCCAUGACGUUCUCUGAAAAUGUGGACUUGUCUGAACCAAUUUUGUCUCGUUUCGAUAUUUUAUGUGUCGUACGAGAUACACCUGAUCCCGAACAAGAUGAACGCCUUGCCCGAUUUGUGGUCAAUUCACAUAUGCGACAUCAUCCUGGAAACAAGCGGCGAAAUAAUAGCGAAGAUGGGUCUGAUGAGGAGGAUGAAGUUGAAAGUGUUAGCGAACGGGUGGGCACUCCCACAAAUGCAGAUAACGAUGAUGAGCCACUCGCCCUUGAUGACGCUUCUCCGAACGCAAAUGUGGAAAAGAUCCCACAGGACUUGCUCAGAAAAUACAUUGUCUAUGCAAAGGAGAAAAUAAAGCCCAAAUUAUAUUCGAAUCAAAUGGAUGAAGAGCGAAUUGCCAAGUUAUAUAGUGAACUUCGUCGCGAGUCCAUGAACACUGCCAGCAUUCCCAUUACCGUACGUCACAUCGAGUCUAUGAUUCGUAUGGCUGAAGCUCACGCAAAAAUGCAUCUAAGGCUCGCCGUUAUUGACGAUGAUAUCAACAUGGCAAUUCGAAUCAUGCUCGAAAGUUUCAUUGACACACAGAAAUUCUCUGUGAUGAGAGUUAUGAGAAAACAAUUCCAUCGCUUCCUCUCAUUCAAGAAGGAUAACAAUGAAUUGCUCUUUUUCCUCUUGAAACAAAUGGCUAAUGAAAAUGCAGCCUACUACCAAUCCAAGUACCGAUUAACUCAACCCGUCGAGAUCAGUGAAAAGGACUUUAUAGAAAAGGCACACCAGAUCAAUCUGCACACGGUUAAGCCAUUCUUCAAGAGCGAUAUUUUCAUUAAAAAUCAUUUCCAGUAUAUUCCUGCUCGUAAAAUGAUUGUUCAGAUCGUCCCCGACGAAGAAGAUUAAUUUGAACUUAACACAACUUCGAUUUGGCAGUUAAAUGUUUCUGAUAUUGUUUUUUUUUAUUUAUACAAACAUAUGCUUAUUCAAUGUGAUUUGGUUAUUUGCAGUUAUUUACAUGUUCAUAAUAAUUUUAGAACUUAUUCAUUAAUAAGUAAAAUAAUAUGCGAUGCAAAUUCCUUGAUUAGUUUUCAAUUUACAUUUUUGCUUCGUUAAUCCAGAAUAACUACUUUGACACGAGUACAAAUGAGUGAUUAAAAUUUUCACGUUGUAACAAUUAUGAUCUUAAAAUAAACGUCUUCUGUAACACUGA